AAUCCGAAGCAGGCUCCGGGCUCCGAGCUGUCAGCACAGAGCCCGAUGCGGGGCUCGAACCCACAAACCAUGAGAUCAUGACCUGAGCCAAAGUCAGAUGCUUAACCGACUGAGCCACCCAGGCGGCCCAUGACUUACUCUUUCAUAAUAUCCUAUACUGCUUUUUGGAGAAUUUAAUUGGUGCUCUUUUUUCCUGAUUAGCAUACCUAAUUGAAUCAAAUAUCUUUCUAGAUCCCUACGUCAAACUUCUACUUGAUGCCAUGAAGCACUCAGGUUGGUAAGUAAAUCUAUUUAAAGUGGUCGUCUGUAUUCCGGCUGCUAAAAACAAACAAAAAACACCCCAAUCUGCAACUUCUGACAGUUUUUCACUUCUGGCCACAAAGCCUUUUCCAUAUGGUAGGUGUUGGUGAUUCUGCAUUCUUUCCAGACAGGUCUGGCUCUCUUCAGACAUCUUCCGCCCUAACUCUAAAUCUCUGGCUCUACCGUUCACCUCCGGUAUUUAGUAAAGACCACACUUAAAGUCUUUGCUGUUAACAAAGAAAGACACUUCUCUUGCGAAGACUGUGAUGGAAAUGUCAGUGGAGGUUUUGAUGCUUCAACAUCUCAGGGUCCUGCUCAGUGUGCUGUUGGCUUUUUGCACUUCUUUCUGAAGGUCUUUCUGAGGAUUUUUCCUGGCAAUUCUAGUAGACUGAGACAGUGGUGGUCAUUCAUUGUUGAUUCAUUGCUCAUUCAGAAACUUGAUAAGAAGCAGUUUACAUAUAUUCUCAUUUAAUUCUCACAAUUCUCUGAGAUUGUUUUAUGCCAGAACAACAUCGGUAAUCAGGCCCAUAUGAACAGAGUGGUCACCCAUGAGCUCAUUCAUGCGUUUGAUCACUGUCGUGCUCACGUCCACUGGUUCACCGAUGUCAGACAUUUGGCCUGCUCGGAGGUUCGAGCUGCUAACCUUAGUGGAGACUGCUCACUUGUGAAUGAAAUAUUCAGGUUGCAUUUUGGAUUAAAACAACACCAUCAGACUUGUGUGCGAGACAGAGCCAUUCUUUCUAUCCUGGCUGUUAGGAAUAUCAGCAAAGAAGUAGCUCAAAAGGCCGUUGAUGAAGUUUUCGAGUCUUGUUUCAAUGACCAUGAACCUUUUGGAAGGAUCCCACAUAACAAGACUUAUGCAAGAUAUGCUCAUAGAGACUUUCAAAACCGUGAUCGGUAUUACUCAAAUAUAUGAAGACAAUGACAUUUUAUGUUAUGGAGCUUCUGUGAUCAUGAAGAAAAUAUUGUUCUCAAGUGGACAAAUACAUGAAAUGUAAAUGAUCAAUGAAAUACAUUUAAAACACAGAAGAUGCUGAUUCUAGCGUAUGUUCAGAAAAAGUGGCUGUGGUAAAAGUGAAACUGCCUUAAACUCCAAGGCAAAAAUUGUAACUUUACAGUUAGCCAUUUGGUAAAUAAGGCAAAUGAAUUACAUUCUUGUAUUUUCUAUGUUGUACUUGUGUUUUUUUAUUAUUUGCAUUAAAAAAAAUUGUGAUUUGUUUUUA